GUAGUUUUCUUGGGACAGGGAGGAGUCAGUUCUGUAGCUAGUUUGUUUAAUAGUGACAUCUUUUUAAUCAUUAUGCGUUUUGGCAAAAUGUAUUCCUCUGUAUUUCCAUAAUGUAGUGUUCUUCAGUGUAAUAGUGAAGGUUUUAUGAUCAGAUAGGACAUUUUGUCAGUUUUAACUGAAGGAGCUCGAGCCAACAGGAAGGCGGAACAAGAUCACCAUUUGUGUUGUGGAAAUACCUAAAGACUGUCCUUGGCCCAAAUCCUGGUUGUUUACUCUACACUUUGGCUCCUUAGUCUUUUCCAGUCAAUCGUUCUCUGUGGGCAUCUCAAACACACACUCACAUCCACCCAUCCACCUGCAUCACAAUGUCUCUGGCGUUGAAACAGGUCUUCAACAAAGAUCGGACAUUUCGACCCAAGCGAAAGUUCGAGCCGGGCACCCAACGCUUCGAGCUCCAUAAGAAAGCCCAAGCCUCUCUGAACGCAGGUCUGGAUUUGAAGCAGGCUGUGCAGCUUCCACACGGGGAGGACCUCAAUGACUGGGUGGCCGUUCACGUGGUGGACUUCUUCAACAGGAUCAACCUCAUCUACGGCACCAUCAGCGACUCGUGCACGGAUCAAACAUGUCCUGUGAUGUCCGGGGGGCCUAAGUACGAGUACCGCUGGCAGGAUGAGCACAAGUACAAGAGGCCCACAGCACUGCCGGCUCCCAAGUACAUGAGUCUGCUGAUGGACUGGAUCGAGGUACAAAUCAACAACGAGAACAUCUUCCCCACAAAUGUCGGUACUCCCUUCCCUAAGAGCUUCAUGCAGGUGGCUAAGAAGAUUUUGUCCCGUCUGUUCCGGGUCUUUGUGCACGUCUACAUCCACCAUUUUGACCGUGUGAGCCAGAUGGGCGCCGAGGCUCACGUCAACACAUGCUACAAGCACUUCUUCUACUUCGUCACAGAGUUCCACCUCAUCGACAACAAGGAGCUGGAGCCUCUGAGAGAGAUGACCUCCCGGAUGUGCCACUGAAGGAGCACAGCGCCACCUCUGUCUGUCCACGGAGCGGCGAGAACAAAACGCAAAGAAAAGAGUCUAUUUUUAUAUUUAAGUACUGUAAUUCUAUUGUAGCGACGUACGGUAGGCUUAUAACCCAUUGUCUGUCAUUGGGUGCGUUUAUUUCCUUUUAAUGCAUUUUAUUCAGGCGCAGUAUUACGAGUUGUAUGUUUGUGUUGGUGUUUUUUGAUUUUAUCCCAUUCAACAUCAUUCCAGGAUUUUUCUCUUUUUUUCCAAACAGAUCCCAAAAACUAGUACAAAUUCUUACUGUACACUUCUGCAAAUGCCUGUUGUCUGUAUAUUCAACAAGAUCUGUACUUUCUUACUAUAAUACUGUAUUUUAAGAUGUUUUUAACUCAUUAAAAAUAUGGAUCCCCAAAUGG